CGUCAGACAGAGGGCUCCCGUCGGCCGCUCCUUGGUCUCUCCGUGUCUCGUGUACCGCGAUACCCUCCGAAUUCCGCCAGAUUAUAAUUUAUCCACCUUUUGUGGCUGAUUUUACUGGCCUGCACACCUGAACUCCCCGAACAAGUGAUUCACAGACAAGUGUUUAGUGCAUCGAAUCGUUUGUUUGACGACGAUGCAGGCGAUAAAGUGCGUCGUUGUUGGUGACGGAGCUGUCGGUAAGACGUGCCUGCUGAUCAGUUACACCACCAAUGCCUUCCCCGGGGAGUACAUACCCACUGUCUUCGAUAACUACUCGGCCAAUGUUAUGGUCGAUGGCAAACCUAUUAAUCUAGGAUUGUGGGACACAGCCGGACAGGAGGACUACGACAGGCUCAGGCCACUGUCCUAUCCUCAGACCGAUGUCUUUCUCAUCUGCUUUUCACUGGUGAAUCCGGCGAGCUUUGAGAAUGUACGGGCCAAGUGGUAUCCCGAGGUGCGUCAUCACUGUCCAGCCACGCCGAUUAUACUCGUGGGCACCAAGCUCGAUCUGCGUGAGGAUAAGGAGACCAUUGAGAAACUCAAAGACAAAAAACUUGCGCCUAUAACCUAUCCACAGGGAUUGGCAAUGGCCAAAGAAAUUGGAGCAGUAAAGUAUCUGGAGUGCUCAGCCCUGACGCAAAAGGGCCUGAAGACAGUGUUCGACGAGGCGAUACGCGCGGUAUUAUGUCCAGUACUACAGGCAAAACCAAAGCGCAAGUGUUGCCUCCUAUAAUAUUAAUUUUAUCAACGACGCCUGAUCGACCCUCGAGCGUGUGUCACCUGUCGUCCCGAGAGAAGUUGAAUUAGCGUGGAUCAAGUGAAAAAUUAUCUAUUGUUUUUCCCUCCUUCUCCUCUCUAUUACUGUAGGGAAUAUUAAAGUGGCAGGAGUUGAUUAUCAGCGCACAAAAUACCGAGUGUACAGUGAAGGAAAAAAAAAAUAAUGAAAGGGAGAGAGAGCUUAUCAAAUGUAUUUAUGGAGAACUAAAUACGAACGAAAAUUAUGUGGAAUGUGUGUGGAACCGCAUUUUUUAAAAAAUCCGUGGUUUCCGUACAGUGGAACAUUCAAUGUACAACGUUAUUUUUUUCUAUUUAAAUAACAUUUUUCCUUGCAUUAUUAUGAAUCACGAUCGAGGUGAGUCAAGGAAACUCAGCGUCGAUGGAAUAAAUUUAAAAUCAAGGGAAAUUUGAAUCGCUAAAAGUUGAAAUGUUUUUUUUUAAGGGACUCGUCAGAGUCGAGAGAAUUUGAACCAAUCGUGUACAGGGGAGGAAAGAAAUAAACUAGAGAAUAUAUGAAAUGAAAUAAUUUUCUCAUCUCGUUGACAAUAAUUGCUGGGACAAUGUGAUUGUCGCUGCUGUUAUUGGGGACUCGAUGCACAAUACAAAAUGGUUUAGACGUAAUGAACAUAAACGAAAGAGAAAUAGUUAUUACGAGAAAUUAUGAUAAUUAUAUGCAAACCAUGCUCUAGAGUCGUGCAAGUUUUAGGUGUUGAAGGCGGUGAGACGAGGGACUGAGGGGUUUAGGCGAGUGCAUUCUUUGGUGCUCUCUCGAUCCGUAUUUAUUGGCUUCGUUAGGGAAUCCGGAUUUCGCUGCUCUCGCACAACUUGCGGUUUUUGUAAUUGCAGGGGGAAUUGAGGGAUGUGAUGAGUUGAUUGUUUUUGUUGUGUAAUUAUUUCGGGAGGGAGGGGGCUUGGAGGGAAAUGGUUGAGGAACUUUUUGGUGAGAAUAUAAUUUCCUGCAGAAAAUGUCUUGUGAUAUUUUUUGAUAAUGCCAUUUGUUACUGAGAUAAUUGCAUAUGAAUUUGUGAGGAAUUGAUGAAGUGAAAUGACUCGAUUUUUUUUUGGUUUUUGUAAUUGUACAAUUAUUCCAGAAAUGAGGGGUUUUAGAAAAAAAUGUCAUAGGAACUUUUUGCAGGGAAUUUAAUUUGCAAAAAAAUGUUUCUCGUGACUUUUUGUCCUAAAAUCACUCGUCAUCAAGAUAAUUGCAUUCUAAUUUAACAAGAAAUUCACUCCUAAAACAUGACUCGAUUUUUAUUCCCUUGUAAUUGUGCAAUUAUCUCAAAAACUAGCGGUUUUAAGAUGAAAUAUCAUAAGUCAUUUUUUGUAGAGAAUUGAAUUUCCAACAAAAAAUGUCCUCUGACACUUUUCCCUCGGCCCAUUAAUUCUCGAGAUAAUCGCACAUUUAUUCAGACGUGUAAAUCAACUCUUCACGACUCACCAUUCCACAACUGAAUCAUAGAUUCCAGAACAAAAAAAUCACUCUCAUCCGUACCUCGCCUACGAAGAAUAUAAACUAAAAACUAUUAACUAGUUGAAGUGAUGAGAAAGGUGAGUGAGUUGCACCGAAAUGACGUAUUAACAAUAGGCCAAUAAAAUCCGAAAAAACCAGAGAAUUAAAGUUUUUUAUUUGGAUUCAUCCUCGGUGUGACUAGGUAAAGUAUGAAUGUUACGAACGCGUGGGUUAUACAACAAAAUAAAUAAAACGUAAAAAAAUAGAUGCAAGUGAGCGAGUGAUGAAAUAGCAAAUAAUUGUAAAUAACUGCUGGAGUUCAAACUCAUUCCUAUUACUGUCAUCAUCGCGUCGUAUGUGUAAGCUACUAAUCGAAACUAAAUCGACAAAAGGGAGAAAAAACGUUACUUGUUUUUUAUAUAUAUAUUUGAGUAUAUACGAAAAAUAAUGGAAAAGACAAAAAUACGAGAUGAAAAUUAUGGGAAAACUUGUCGAGUGGCCGAGUUGUGCUUUUUGUCGACAAAUUAUGAGGGGAAAUUUAUUUUUUAACGGAUUCGUUGGUAAAUAUCGUUUUUAACAAAUGAAAUGAGGGAUUUCACAGUCGCGAAAUUUCAUUCUCCAACUAGAGCGUUCAUAUACAUUUUUUUAUUGAGGGGAGACUUGCAAGUUUUCGCAGCCACAGGACUUUGUAUUGAGAAUUGUCGUGUUUUGUGCAUGCAUAAUCUGGGAAAUAUUGAGAAAAAGUCAGUUCUUAUUGCUAGUGUACUCUAUUUUUUUAUAACAGAAUUUUUAUUUUGGUGACAAUGACUGAAAAAUUACGAGAUUUUUCGCAUUUUGAGAGAAAACAGCAGAUGAUUUCCUUUAUUUUCGUUGUUUUAUUCUACUCUUGUGAGUUUUUCAAUUACAAAGCAUUGGAUCAAGAAUUUUAUGAAUAAAAAUUUAGAAAUACCAAGAAAAAUUGUGGUUUGCGUCCUUUUGUUUAUGAUAUUCAAUUUUUUUUAGGAGAUUGAGAGUUAUUUCGGGUUUUAUGAGACUUGAAGAAUUUAUUUGAGGUCUGAUUGAUUAAAAUAAUGAUUUCUUGCAAGAAAAAAUGAGGAAAAGUCAUUUAUUAUUGCCAAUAAACUCAAUUUUUUAAUUUUUAUUUUGGGAAAACGAAAGAAAAAUUGUAUAUUUAUUUGCAUGCGUAGAUGAUUUCCUUUAUUGCCAUCAUUUUGUUCUGCCCUUGUGAAUUUUUUAAAAUUACAAACUCUUAGAUCAAGAAUUUUAUGAAUAAAAGUGUAGAAAUGUCAAGAAAAAAAUCUAGUUUGCUUCCUACUUUUAUAACAUUCAUUUUUUAUGAGACUGAGAGUUAUUUAUGUUUCUCUCAGGCUAAUAAUGAUUCAUCUCAAUAAAAAAUGAUUAAAUAUCGAAAAUGUAACUCGUAAUUUCAAAAAAUUCAGUACAAUCAAUAGUUUUUUACGGAUUUCUCUCCAUUACUUCCCAUUUUCUGCACGCAUAGAUGAAUAAACAUUACGAAAAUUUCCAAUGAAAAACCCUGUGACAUCAAGAACUCAAAGAGAGUCUCAAAAAACUCACCCCUAGCUGAUUUCAAAGAUCAAUUAUUUUCGCGUGGAAUUUUUAUCGUUGAAUAAAUUGAAGUUCAAGCUAAAAAUUUCAUGCCAAAAUCUCAAUUAUUCCGAUGAAAUCGAACCAUUGAGCUUUGUUAUCACAUAAACCCAGAUCGGAUUAAUGACUUAUCAACAGCCUGAAAGUGUUUGCAAUCAGAUAAAUGAAGGACAAAUUUUUAAAUAAUCAAUUUUAAUGGGAACAGAUUCAAUGAGCACGAUAACAACUGGGAUUAAACUCGAGCCAUCGAAAGCAUGGAAUUAUUAUAGAUAUUGUAACUAAAUUUGCUUUAUUAAAUGGGUGUUUACUAAAACAA